GGCGCGUAAACUUUUCAGUCGUAAAAUAUGACCAAUUUUACUCCGGCAGAAAUGGUUCGGACACUGCUGGACAAAUAUGGCACCGGAUUCCGGCCGAAAGACGACACAUUUUUCGUGGAAGGAAAUUUCUACCUCAGAAAAUUCGUCAAACUGGGAGUGUUGAGUGAUAUCACCAAGGGCGAUGAUCCUCAGCUGGAGGAAACGAACAUCGUUUGCAACGUUCCCGAUUGUCAGUACACUUGUGGAACCGUUCAGGACUACGAAUCUCACUACAAUUCCAUGCAUCGGUACUCGUGUGGUGAGUGCAAGAAAACAUUGCCUAAUGCUCACCUCUUGGAUCUACAUCUAUCCGAAUCGCACGAUUCCUACUUUGCCGCUCAGGUUCAAUCGGGGAAGCGUCCAAUGUUCUCUUGCUUUCUCGAAGAAUGUCCCAACGAAAGUCAAACUCCGGACGAACGUCGUGACCAUUGCAUCAAGCAGCACAAAUUUCCCCACAACUUUCGCUUCGAUCAACGGAUUUCUUCUCAGAAGAAGCAUUCCACUAGAAGAACUUCACUUUCAGAAUCGUCCGCAGGAGUGGAGAUGGAACUUGAACCGGUUGAGUCACAUUCGGGCCUUGGGGCGAAGGGUAAGAAAAAUUUCAACUUUGGUCAUUCCAAGGUGAGAUCGUUCAAGUUGGGAAAGUUGGCAACCAAGAAGACUGACAUCCUGGAAAGCAAUCGAAUGGUGGUCGAUUUGCUGGAAAGUCUUCCAACCGAUUGAUGGCAACGGGACUGUUUUUUUUUUUUCAUUUUGGUUAAA